AUGUCAGCUGUAGAUUUCCACACCUCCCCUUCUCCUUCUCCUCCUGCCUUAGCCCAGUGUGACUACAGUGACUGGUCUCCCUCCUUCGCCAUCAUCUCGUCCAUCUACUUGUUGACCUUCCUGGUCGGCUGUCUGGGAAACAGCCUCGUGCUCUGGGCCUACAUGGACCGAACUGUGGGGAGGAAAACCAGGAUGGUGAAUGGAUCCAGAACCAAAUCACAGACCAGGUUCGGUUCGGUGUGCUGCGGUAAAAUGCACAGUAAAAUGUUCAGGAAUGGCCAACAAAAUGUUGAUUCUGCAAGCCCUCUACGGAGAACAUUCCUGAAAGGAGACAGCGAAACGUGCCAGGAUACAACCAAGCAAACCGUAAAAUCCUCGUCUCAAUCCACUCCAUCCUCCUUUUCUCCCGCAGUACUACCUCGCUCCUCUCGUUCACUAACCGACACUCUGAUAGCUAGCUUAGCGUUUGCUGAUCUGUGCUUCCUGAUGACCCUACCUCUAUGGGCAGUCUACACAGCAAUGGGCUACCAUUGGCCGUUCGGACAACCCCUCUGCCAAAUCAGCAGCUUCCUCACAGCGCUCAACAUGUAUGCAAGCGUGUUCAGUCUGAGCAUGCUCAGCGUGGAGCGAUAUUUGGUUUUGACUGGACGCCGGCACCCGGGCAAUCGCACCUAUCAGACACACUCCAGAAAGGCCUUCUGGCUAGUGGGAGGCAUUUGGGUGUUGGCGGGCAUUCUGGCACUUCCUGGUUUGCUGCUGCGGUCCGUCAGGGAGGUGGUGAAAGAGGCGGGGCCCAAGGACACCUGGCAGGUAGAGCCAACUCAACCAGACAAUCCCAGAGCUGUCCUCCUCUCCUGCCAGAUGGAUUACACCAUUCUGAUCGGAGCGGAAUUAGAGGAGACAGAGAGGGAGCGGGCGGAACUUUGGUGGGCUGCAGCCUUAAGCCUUAAGUCGACACUGAUUGGCUUCCUGUUUCCUCUCCUCAUUCUAUUGGUCUGCUACUGCUCACUGGCCUGCCUCCUCAGCAGACAUUUCGGACACGGCCCUCACUCCGAUCGCAGACGCCAGCAACGACUUCUCAAGGUCAUCGUUAGCUUGGUGAUGGCGUUCUUCCUGUGCUGGCUGCCUCUGCACAUGAAUAAGACCAUGUCUAUGUUGCUGGAGUUUGAUCUGCUUCCAUACUCUUGCACCUUAGACCAAAUCUUACUGGCCGCUCACCCCUACGUCACCUGUUUAGCUUACCUCAACUCCUGCCUCAAUCCACUCCUGUAUGCCUUCUGUGACUCCUCCUUCCGGAGGAGGUGUAGAGGAGCGCUACUCCUGCAGUGCAGCAGGUGGAGGAGAGAGGCAGAGGCAGAGAGCACGAGGACACAGGAAACUGCCGAUAGGAUGAAGGAGGGAACAGAGGAGAGGACUGAGAGGGUGGGAGGUGUGGUGGAUUAG